CCCAUUGGGAUGAAUUGAAAAAACUGAAAAUAUAGGCUGAUAUAAAACUUUUAUGUGUAUGAGAAUGCUUCAACGGUGCUCACUGAAUUCCCACUGUUUCCUCUCGUUUGAUCCACUUAAGUUUUGGAUACACUUUAUUUUUUGUCACACGUCCUAAAAUAAGCUACUAAAACGGAUGGACGGGUUGGAUUCCUCAAAAACAUCACGGUGGACCCCACCCAGCAUCCUUGCGCAGGAACUUCCCUUUCGCAGUAAAUCCGCGUUGCAAGUUACCGCAUUAACCAACACUAUAAAUAAAAGCACUAACAGCCUCAAAUAUUCAAAACCAAAAAAUCACAAUGGCGAGAAUCGUCCUCUCCAUCAUUCUCUCGUACGCGUUCAUCACCAUCAUGGCAUGCCCCGCCCACGCCCACGGCACGUCGCCAAUGAAGAAGAAGUUCCCCGCCGUUCUAGUCUUCGGCGAUUCUACUGUCGACACAGGCAACAACAACUAUAUUGAUACAAUGUUGAAGGCUGACCACCCGCCCUAUGGUGUGGAUUACCCUGAUUAUGAGGCCACGGGCCGCUUCUCGGAUGGUCGGCUGAUGCCCGAUAUGCUAGUGUCCGAGCUAGGCAUAAAGGAAUCGUUACCGCCAUUCUUGAAUCCAUUGCUAUCGGAUGAUGAGAUCAAGACCGGUGUUAACUUUGCGUCAGCGGGUUCCGGUAUCGAUGACCUGACCACAGUAGCAACUGGCGUGAUACCGGUGUCGAGGCAGCUUUCGAUGUUUAAGAACUAUAUAACUAGACUUAAGUCAAUCAUAAGUGAUCAAGAGGCUAAUAAGACAAUUAGUAAUGCACUAAUCUUGAUUAGUGCAGGGACUAAUGACUUUAUAUUCAACUGGUAUGAUAUUCCUUCAAGGAGGUGGCAGUUCCACAACAUUAGUGGGUACCAAGAUUUUCUACUGCAAAAGCUACGUAAUCAGCUCGAGCAAUUAUACCAUCUCGGCGGUAGAAAGUUCAUCGUGCCGGGCCUUGCGCCGAUCGGCUGCAUCCCAUUUCAAAUAACUACAAAAUUCAAGAAACCAUUGCAACGGGUGUGCAUUGAAGAACAAAACUUGGAUGCUACCAUCUACAAUGCAAAGCUCAAGAAUCUGUUGCCUGAAAUCCAGUCUUGGCUGCCUGGAAGCAGAUUCGUCUAUGCUGGUGUCUAUGAUCCAGUUGCUGACAUGGUCAAUCAUCCCGAAAAAUAUGGAUUUGUGGACACCAAGAGAGGAUGUUGUGGGACCGGUUUUCUUGAAAUAGGCCCACUUUGUAACAUCCACACUGCUACUUGUAAGGAUGCUUCUAAGUUCUUAUAUUGGGACGCCGUACACCCAACCGAAGCAACCUACAAAGUACUUUCGAAACAUCUACUCGAGCUUCUUCUGGCGCGGCCAUUAUAG